UUCAUCUCCGUUGUCCUAUUAUUUGAGGAUGAGCUGUUGUACGGGACGGUGUACCCUCAUCUUCCUAUGUAUCCUUCAGCUGCUUGCUGCUUUGGAGAGACAGAUCUUUGAUUUCCUGGGCUAUCAGUGGGCUCCCAUUCUCGCAAACUUCUUGCACAUCAUUGUUGUCAUACUUGGCCUUUUUGGUACAAUUCAGUACAGACCUCGGUAUAUUAUGGUGUACGCAGUCUGGACAGCACUGUGGGUCACCUGGAAUGUAUUCCUCAUCUGUUUUUAUUUGGAAGUAGGAGGUCUUUCAAAGGAGAGUGACCUACUGACAUUCAAUAUUUCUGUGCACCAUUCCUGGUGGAGUGAACACGGUCCUGGCUGUGUUAGAAGAGAGAUGCCAACUGCCUAUGUGAAAAGUUUGGAUGGCCAUUCCUAUAUCUCUGUGAUGGGUUGCAUUAUUGAUUAUCAAUAUAUCGAGGUUAUUCACAGCUCCUCUCAAAUAUUGUUGGCACUCAUUGGAUUUGUCUAUGGAUGUUAUGUUAUCAGCGUCUUUACAGAGGAAGAAGACAGCUUUGAUUUUAUAGGUGGAUUUGAUUCAUUCUCCGUCUACCAUGUGCCUCAGAAACCCUCUCAUGUACUAUUAAAGCCAGUUUAUCUGUCUACGUAAAUGAACAGACUUCACUACAGUACCUCUUUAUUGGAAGAAACCAUUGCAACAAGACAACAUUUCUUUUUUAAAAAAGC